CCAGAACAUAGCCCAUGAGUUACGGACUUCGAUCCUGAAGCUAAAACAUCAUGGAGUCUAACCUGAACAGAGUGAAGCUCUGCCACUUGAUCCUGACGCUGCUCGCCGUCCCAGUGUGCUUUGGGCUUCCAUCAGUCUUCCUCAGUAAGUCUGAGGCAAACCGGGCGUUAACGCAUCGUGUCCGACGGGCAAACUCCUUCCUGGAGGAGCUGAAGCUGGGCAAUCUGGAGAGAGAGUGUCUUGAGGAGAUCUGCUCUUAUGAGGAGGCCAGAGAGAUCUUCACUGUCCCCGAACAACUGGAAGAUUUCUGGAAGAGAUACAAAGAGGAAGAUCAUUGUCUGUCAGGACCGUGUCAGAGCGGGGCCACGUGUGUGGAUCAGAUAAACGCAUACAUCUGCAUCUGUCCAGUGAACUUUGAGGGGCGACACUGCGACAAAGAAAUAUUUCCACACACUUCCUAUGGAUGUUUGUACAAGAAUGGUGGCUGCGAGCACUUCUGUGUAGAAAUCAGCAAUUCGACCCAUCGCUGUGAUUGUGCACCUGGAUACGCACUACACAAAGACAACAGCAGCUGCGUGCCACAGGAUCGAUUCGCGUGUGGAAGGCUGGUGCCGAAGGGUGUUGGUCCGAGGAUAGUGAAGGGUAGCGUGUGUCCUAAAGGACAGUGUCCGUGGCAGGCUUUACUACAGCAUGAUGAACAGUAUAAAUGCGGUGCCGUUAUUCUAGAUUCCCAAUGGAUUCUCACCGCAGCUCACUGUGUUUGGGAAAAGAAUGCAAACCUCUUACAAGUAACAGUUGGUGAACACAUCCGUGGGAAAGACGAAGGAACCGAACAGAUGAGGAAAGUGUCUAAAGUCUUCAUCCACCCGCGUUACAACCACUCCAGCGCCGACAGCGACAUCGCACUGCUGCGUCUGCUCAGCCCCGUCACGCUAGACGCCUUCGUUAUUCCCGUCUGCCUUCCUCCCGUUAACGGCACCUUCGGACGCACCAUCGGAGCCAUUCGCAUGUCCACCGUCAGCGGAUGGGGUCGCCUUGCGCAGUCCGGUCCGCCGUCUCCGGUUCUUCAGCGGCUGGAGGUGCCGAGGGUCCCUUUAGACGAGUGCAGGGCAAAGUCGGGUCUGAAGGUGACCAGGAACAUGCUGUGUGCCGGCUUCAGCGAAGGCGGUCGAGACUCCUGUCAGGGGGACAGCGGAGGGCCGCUGGUCACCCGCUAUAAGAACACGUGGUUUCUGACAGGGAUCGUGAGUUGGGGCAAAGGCUGCGCGCGCGUUGACGUCUACGGCAUCUACACACGCGUGUCUGUCUUUGUGGAGUGGAUCAUGAAGACUGUAGCCGCUGCAUGAAUUUAUGAAUGUUGUUAAAGGUUGAAGUGUGUUCAGAUUUCAGUAAGGGGCCGUUCACACAGAAUACUUUUUUGCUCUGGAAAACUCAAGACAUGGGCAGUGGAAUGGGGGAAACUUUAAUUAACUUUAAUUAAAGCACUGCAUUUUUAGAAAAGCCUGUCAUGGACGAUAUGCUGCAACAGACACAAGAUGCUAGCAUGUGUUUAGAGGGGUCAUGAUGACAUGGAUUUUUUACUUAUUUUAAUAUGUUCCUUGAGGUUUACUUAUAAUGUCAAUAAAGUUUUUUUUGCACACACACAAAAAAACAACAACUAAUAAGUAUGUGGAAAAAUGAUUAGUUUCAACCCUCAUUCUGAGCCAGUGGGCAGGGCCUAUGCUGAGAAGAAGACUAUUCGUUGAUGUCUUGCUCUGGAGGCGUGUUUAUGCAAAUGUUUGUGCCCCCGUGACAUCAUCUUGCCCCUCGGAUCCAAACGAGCCAUUUUUGGAGCUUUAUUAAAUAAAUGCUUUGUUUAUAAUGAGGAGAAUGUUUUAAGCUAUGAAACUUGCAGGAUGUUUUAAUGCUACACCGACCGCUUAUAUGCCAAUAGAUCAAGGAAAAUUUGAUUUCUCAUAUCAUGACCCCUUUAAACAACAGAAAAGUAUCGCAGUGGAAUGGAAAAACGUGUUUAGUAUGAACAGCCCCUAAUUCCUGAAACACUGUGAUACUUUUACAACAUUGAUCUGUUUGAGCGGCCCGACAUGGCAACGUCUAGUCAAUCAUGUGAGUUUGGGCUGAACUUUUGAUUUUCACCAUAAAGCAUUGUGAAGGAAACACUGGCAAACAACAGAAAAAAUAGCAAUCUGGUCAUUUUUGCAAUUCAGUUUGAUGCACACUUCACCUUUAAGGAUGCAUAAAGAUGCAUGUAAGUGAGUAUAAUAAAAGAUGAAAUUUAUAUUAUGUAACACUGGAAUAUGCACACACAAAUAAACUCUUUUA